GCACGCCGCCUAGCUCUCCCCUCACUACCGCUGACGACCGCGAACGACCGUCUCGGGAUCGACCGGGCGCAACAUGCCCGUACUGGUGCGUUUCACUCACACUGAUAGCCCAAUGACAGCAGGUCGCGAAGACGACGCAUGGGACGCGUCGAACGUCGCGCACAUCGCGCUAUUCGCCCACCCUUCAUGCACCCGCAACCCCCGCCUAUCGAGUCAACGCGACAUCGAUCUUUACCAGCUCGGUCCAUCGCUGCCGAAUCGCGAUCACGAGGAGCAACCACCCUAUGCCACACACCUCGAGCCUCUGCUCGACCACCUGCAAGCCCUCCGUGUAACGGACCGGCCGCUUUGA